AUGCGAGCUCCACGAGCCCUAGCCGCCGCCGGAGCAGCCUUUUUCACCCCCGUCCUCGCCACUCCCGGAGCCUUCGACGUCGACUUCGACGCAAACCCGGCCCCUGUCGCUGAGCACGCCCUCCGCAACAAGGCCUACCUGCCCGCCCAGAUCUGCGCCAUCAUCGGCGCCUACAUCUUCUGCGUGCUUGUCGUCGGCACCGCCCUGCUCACCUACGGACGCAAGAUGCGCCGCGCCGUCACCGACCAGCGCGUCGACGUCGUCAAGGCGAACGGCACCAAUGGCUUCGAGAUGACGCCCGUCUCGCCGCUGCGAGGCUGGCGCUCGCCCCUCAGCCCCAGCAAGCUCAAGCACGCCUUCAAGAAGAGCCAGACGAGCAUUGCCGAGCGUCAGCAGCAGAGCGUGCCCACCAGUCCCAUCAGCCCUAGCUGCCAGAGCAUGACAUCCUUCGACCAGAACUUCCUGAAGAACCAGCAGGAGGAGCGCCAGAAAGAGAUGGAGAGACUGUACGCCGCCGUCAUGGAGCACGACGAGGAAAGGAACAACAAGAAGGCACCCAACUCAUCCGCCGAGGAGAUCCAGGAAUUCCCCGAGGACGAGGAAGAGCGCCACCGUCCUGUGCAGCAGAAAGCCCGUCCGCCCAUGAUCAAUACCUCUUCCUCCCUCCGCGUACCCAGCGGCCAAAAUCCCGCGAGUCCCAUCUCACCAGCCAGCCCUCGCAGCCCCAUGCGCGCCAUCUACCCUCCGGAAAGCCCAAUGGCCGCUACUCGCCGCCAGAACUACACCAGCCCACCGCCGUCAUCGCCCCGCGGCCAUUUCGCAAAGAAGGACCGCACGGCAUCGGUUAGCUCCGCUGGUAGCAAGACUCGCCGCAGCAUCCGCAAUCUUCGCAUCAGCGGGCCCAUCGCAAAGUAUCCAGGACACCAUGGCGGCGAGGACGAGGAAGCCCGCACUCCGCUGUCCCCGCGCUUCUACAACCCCGGCCCGCCACCAUCCCCGCCCUCAGCCACUCCCACGCCAACCACUCCCGGCACCGCAGAGUCUCUCGGACCCUUCCGCUACGAGGACCUCGGCCACCCGCAGCCGCUUCCGCGCCCUUACCCCCAGCGCAGCGAGAGCGGACGCAUGCUCGAUGCUCGCUCUAUGCACAGCACGCACUCGCCGCGCCCUAGCAACGGCAGCAACACCAUCGACAUCGCCAUGCGCGCCAGCGACAUGCAGCAGCAGCAGCACCAGCAGCCCUCGGGUCCUCCCCCGGCCAUCCGCACGCAGGACCUGCCGCCUCCCCCUCGCUUCGCACCGCACCACGCCUCGGCCCGCUCCGCCACCUCGUCGACGUCGGAGCUGCCCCUGCGCAGCAUGACGCCCGGCUCCGCACAGCUGCCCUCCACCAAGACGACCGUCAUCGAGGCGCGCAACCGCACGCGCGACGUGCUGUCGCCGUCGCAGCGCGGCCUGCGCACCCCGGCGACGGGCGUGCCCAUGACGCCGUACAGCCCGUACAUGCCGUUCACGCCCAUCACGCCCGUGACGCCGCACCUGGUGACGCGCAAGGAGCGCAAGCAGCGCCAGCGCGACGAGCGCAAGAUGGGCCUGCGCAGCCCGCUGCAGGAGGGCGACGAGGUCGGCGAUGUCGAUUGGGGUGAUGCGUAUUAA